AAUUAUUUCUCUCGCAUUUUCAGUUUUUCUUGACGGUGGCGUGCGUGUGCAACAUGGAGGAUUUGGUGGCUCUUUUUACCUCAGUCGGGCUCAGUGAGCAGAAAGCCAAGGAGACGAUAAAAAAUGAGCAACUUAGUUCAGCUCUCAGAGACGCUAUUAUACAGGCCCAGAAGCUGUUGGGAUCCAAAGAAGUGGACAAAGCCAUUGGGAACCUACUUUACAGCUUAUCAUCCCGUCUACGAGACACCGGGCGCUUGAAUUUCUUGACCGGUUAUAUUGUCGAGCGCAAGAUCACAACAGACCUGCAGUUGUCAGCUGCAUUAGACUUUGUGAAGGGCCACCCUGAGAAUCCUCUGGACCAGAAGGCAUUUGAGACUUCCUGUGGAGUGGGAGUUGUUGUCACGCCAGAGCAGAUUGAAGAUGAGGUUGAGUUGAUCAUCAGAAAGCACAAACAGCAGCUGUUGGCGGAGCGAUAUCGCUUCAACAUGGGACUCCUCAUUGGUGAAGCAAGAGCUGCUCUUAAAUGGGCAGAUGGGAAGAUCCUAAAAAAUGAAGUCGAUAUGCAGGUCUUGCACCUCCUGGGUCCUAAAACUGUGGCAGACCUGGAGAAAAAACCCAAGGCAGCAAAAGCCAAACCAGUAGAGGAGAAGAAGAAGGUUGAGAAUGAUGUGUGUGUGAACGGUGUUAAAGUAGAGGGGAAAUCUCUGAUGGAGCAGCUCAGAGGAGAAGCUCUCAAGUUCCAUAAACCAGGUGAGAAUUACAAAACUGAAGGUUAUGUUGUGACACCAAACACCAUGAACCUGCUGAAGAAGCACCUGGAAGAAACUGGAGGACAGAUUCGGACCCGGUUCCCUCCUGAACCUAAUGGCAUUCUUCACAUCGGCCAUGCCAAAGCUAUUAACUUCAACUUUGGUUAUGCUGCGGCAAAUAAUGGCAUCUGCUUCCUACGCUAUGAUGACACAAACCCAGAGAAAGAAGAGGAGAAAUAUUUCACUGCCAUUAAAGAGAUGGUGGAGUGGCUGGGCUAUAAGCCUUAUGAUAUUACUUAUGCCUCUGAUCACUUCGGGAAGCUAUACGAACUCGGUGUGGACCUUAUACGCAGGGGUCAUGCAUAUGUGUGCCACCAGCGCACCGAGGAGCUGAAGGGCCACAAUGCGCCGCUCUCACCAUGGCGGGAUCGACCUGUGGAGGAAUCCAUCGUUCUCUUUGAGAGAAUGAAGAAGGGCCUGUUUGCAGAGGGCGAGGCCACACUCCGCAUGAAGAUGGUCAUGGAGGAUGGCAAAAUGGACCCAGUGGCUUUCCGCAUCAAAUACACACCACACCACAGAACAGGAGACACCUGGUGUAUUUAUCCUACAUAUGACUACACCCACUGCCUGUGCGACUCAUUUGAAAACAUCACACACUCGCUGUGCACCAAAGAGUUUCAGGCUAGGCGCUCAUCAUAUUUCUGGCUGUGCAAUGCUCUGGACUUGUACUGUCCUGUGCAGUGGGAAUACGGCAGACUUAACUUUACCUACACGGUCGUCUCUAAGAGGAAGAUCAUCAGACUGGUGGAGACUGGGGUUGUCAGAGACUGGGAUGACCCACGCCUCUUCACACUCACUGCCCUCAGGAGACGAGGGUUUCCCCCAGAGGCCAUCAACAACUUCUGUGCCCGUGUGGGUGUGACUGUUGCUCAGACAACCACCGAGCCCCACAUGUUAGAAGCAUGUGUGAGAGAUGUUCUUAAUGACACUGCACCGAGAGUCAUGGCUGUCCUAGAUCCUCUCAAAGUGACCAUCACCAAUCUGCCUGCUGCCGCAAAGACUGAGAUCCGUGUUCCAGACUUCCCUGCAGAUGAGAGUAAGGGUAGCCAUGUGGUUCCCUUCUCCAAAACAAUCUUCAUUGAGCAGAGCGAUUUCAGAGAGGUAAUGGAGAAGGGCUAUAAGCGUCUGACUCCCGAACAGCCAGUAGGUCUGAGGCAUGCCGGCUAUGUCAUCUCCGUGCAGCGUGUCAUCAAGGAUGACAAUGGUAAAGUGGUGGAGCUGGAGGUGACGUGCACCAGCACAGACACUACCGACAAACCCAAAGCCUUCAUCCACUGGGUCUGCGAUCCCCUGACAUGCGAAGUGCGCCUUUAUGAGCGUCUCUUCCUUCAUAAAAACCCAGAGGACACAUCUGAAGUGCCUAACGGCUUUCUGAGUGACAUCAAUCCUAAUUCACUGCAUGUGAUUGAAAGUGCCUUAAUUGACCGCUCAGUAAGCAAGGCUAAAGUCUUAGAUAAAUUCCAAUUCGAGAGAGUGGGUUAUUUCUCCCUGGACCCAGAUAGCACAGCCGAUAAGCUGGUUUUCAACAGGACGGUUACGCUCAAGGAGGAUCCUGGGAAAAUCUGAUCGCUCCUCAGGACCAAAGAGCAACGUUUUAUGUAUGCUGGACUACUUCACUGUGCAGAAGCAGCAUAUCAAUUGUAUUAGUAGUGUUUAACUGGAACUAGCCUGGUUUUGUACAGUGUUGGCAAUGACACUUACAUAUGCAAUGUUCUUGUCUAUCAGGUUGAACUCCUUUCAUAUGUAUGGGGAAAAGAACUUUGGAAUAAACUAUA